CAAUACUAGCACAAUAUGUCCCAUCCCAUGUUCAAGAAUACAAAAGUUAUGAAAUUUUUUAAUAGACUAAUGUCUUGUUUAUGCAUCAUCCUACCAAUAUGGAUCCUAAUAAUGAGUCACUUUGUUCACUCAUCCAAUGGAGAGACUCUCCAAAGGUCAACCUACAUCAUUCACAUGGAUAAAUCCCUCAUGCCUAAUAUUUUCACUAGCCACCAUCAUUGGUACACCUCCACCGUUGAUUCCCUUAACUCCGCCACAUCCAACGGCCUCAAAUCACCCAAUUAUUCUUCUCCUUCUUCACCUAGUGUUCUUUAUACUUAUGACAAUGCCUUGCAUGGUUUUAGUGCACUCCUAUCCCAAAAUGAGCUUCAAAAGCUUGAAAACCAUCCAAGUUUUAUAACAGCCUAUAAAGAAGCUAAAGCUACCCUUGACACCACUAGGACUAUUGAUUUUCUUUCUCUUAAUCCCUACACCGGCCUUUGGCCGGCCUCAAACUAUGGCCACGACGUUAUUAUUGGGGUCAUUGACACCGGUGUCUGGCCUGAGAGCCGGAGUUUCAACGACGCUGGGAUGACCCCAGUGCCAUCCAGGUGGAAAGGUGCGUGUGAGGGAGGACAAAAUUUCAACGCUUCUAUGUGCAAUAAGAAGCUGAUAGGAGCUAAAUACUUUAACAAGGGUGUUAUAGCGUCUACACCUAAUCUUCAGUCUAAGGCGAACUCAGCUAGGGACACUGAUGGUCAUGGGACUCACACAACAUCAACAGUCGUAGGGAACUAUGUCGACGAUGUGUCCUUCUUCGGCUAUGCCAGAGGUACAGCCAGAGGAGUCGCCCCACGUGCUAGGGUGGCUAUCUAUAAGGCGGUAUGGGAGGGCGGAAACAGCUACACCUCGGACGUGCUAGCUGCGAUGGACCAAGCAAUUGCUGACGGUGUGGAUGUCAUCUCAAUAUCUCUAGGAUUCCAUGAUCUUCCCUUGUACAAAAAUCCAGUGGCAAUAGGCUCGUUCGCCGCGAUGGAGCGUGGAGUUUUGGUGUCCUCUUCUGCAGGAAAUGGCGGCCCAAGAUAUGGUUCCGUCCACAACGACAUUCCUUGGUCCUUGACCGUUGCAGCUAGCAACCUCGACCGACAAUUUUCCGGGACAUUGGAGCUUGGAAAUGGCCAAAAAAUAGUGGGAUGGACCUUAUUCCCAGCUAGUGCUAUCAUUCAGAAUGUGACAUUGCUAUAUGACAAAAAUAUAGCAAUGUGCAACUCUUCUGAUUACUUGAAAAAAUUAGCUUAUUCUAGUGAAAAGGUCAUUAUUUGCGAUGAUAUUGGCAUGACAUUUGAACAAAUAGUCCAAGUUUCAAACUCCAGCGUAGCUGGUGCCAUAUUCAUCUCCAAAGACCCCUUAAUCUAUGAGGCAGGGGAGGUCUCAUGGCCUGGGAUCAUUGUAGGUCCGAACGAGGGGAAAUCGAUUAUAAACUACGCGAAAUCUUAUAAGAGUAACAGUUGGGUGAGCAUGGAAUUUCAACAAACUUUUGUUGGAUUAAAACAUGCACCAAUUGCCGCGUCUUACACCUCUAGGGGGCCGUCUAAGAGCUGUCACAGUGUACUAAAGCCGGAUGUAAUGGCCCCUGGAACACAAGUAUUAGCAGCAUAUGUUCCUAACAUAGAAGUUGCUAGAAUUGGAAAUGGUAUAAUUCUAUCCAAUGAUUAUGCUCUGCUUUCAGGAACUUCAAUGGCAUGUCCACACGCAUCUGGAGUAGCCGCUCUCUUGAAGGCGGCUCAUCCAGACUGGAGUCCUGCUGCAAUUAGAUCUGCUAUCAUGACUACUGCAAACCCACUUGAUAACACAGGUAGUGCUAUCAAGGACAAUGGUUCUAACCUCGGACUUGCUACCCCAUUAGCCAUGGGUUCAGGUCAGAUUGAUCCUAACCGUGCACUGGACCCUGGGUUAGUCUAUGACUUGACACCACAAGACUACAUGAACCUCAUUUGCUCGAUGAAUUUUACUCGAAACCAAAUGUUGAGCAUUGUAAGAUCAAAUAAACACAAUUGCUCGGCCUCAUCAAGCGACCUCAAUUACCCGUCUUUCAUUGCUUACCACAACUAUGACAGCACCAAAACUGCUGCUAUGACUUUCUAUAGGGCCGUCACAAACGUAGGAAGAGAUGGUUUUACGGCAUACAAGGCUGUAGUAACCGCGCCUAAGGAUGCUCGAGUAAGGGUGCAUCCAAGAACAUUGGUGUUUAAUAGACGAAAUGAAAAGCAGAGCUAUCAGUUAAGAAUUAAGUAUAAGAGUGUUGAUAAGUUGGGGAUUUCAUUUGGUUCAAUUGUUUGGAUGGAAAAUAAUGGACAACAUAGUGUUAGGAGUCCUAUUGUUAUCUCACCUACAGAAUACUAUCUUCCCCAUGUAUGAUUAAUUGGUUAAUUUAGUAAUUAACAACCUAAAUAAAACUAGAGUUUAGCCAGAUAUUGAGAUUAGUAUGUUGUAAACUUGUAACUAUAUAAUUGUUGAAAGUGCAAUGUACCUAUAUAAUUGUUAUUUA